AUGCGGAAUUUUGGUUUUGUCGAUUCCACUGCACCAUGCAGUGGAAAGCUAAUUGUAGAAAAUGAUAAAGGCAUGGAAAUUGUCGAGUCAGACCAUCAUAUAAGUACUGUUUACUGUUCGAUUGUCCAAGAGCAAAAGAUUGCACAAAAAACCGUUUGGAACCAUUUGAAUAAGGCUGGAUACAAAAAGAUAUUUGACCCCACGGACCGAAUAUUCAUCGGCGAAUCGGUGCUGAAUCGCAACAAGAUCGAAACAUUUUUGAAGUGGUUAGUGACUGGUGAUGAAAAGUGGAUCAUUUACGGUAACGUCAAGCGAAAACAAUAA